UGCGCCGGUAGGGGGCGGUGUGGAGCAGUAACAUGGCGGUGUGAGUGUGACUGAGAUCAGCGAGAAUCAACCCGAUCAACACCGGAGAGGUUCGCUCUUCUCCGCCGGUGAGAGAGCAUCGUCCGGAGGCGAGUGUCGCUUGUGUCUCCGCGGCCCCUGAGAGCCUCCGCGGUGCCGGUCCCGCUCAGCGGAUAUCGGGAUUCGAUACCGGGAGACCAGAGACGAGCUUCCCGGGUUCGGUGCGCGACUUCUGCGCCUCCGCCACCGGGGGAAGAGAGCCCCGCAGCCCGGCAGGCAGCAGAGCCAGAGGGAGAGGAAACCUGCUCUACACAUGAGGAGGCACCAGAUCACACAGCGACAGCACGAGAAACCCAGAUCUGAUGGAGCCCACUGACCCUGGACAAGGGCAAGAGAAGCCAUCAGCACAGAAUCAGGAGUUAACACUCAGCUCAAAAGGACGACAACGGAAGAAAAAUCCGAAAUAUACAGAUUUUGAAACUGUUGAUAAAUCACCUGCGCAAAAUCCACUUAGAAAGAGCUUAAGGGUAAGAAGAACACCUUCUAAAACAAGUCCGGCAAAGAGUGAAGAUAAAGAAGCAACGGACAAAGCAGCUCAGGAGUCUAAUGGAAAAACCUCAGAGGAAACUCCGAAAAAGGCAACGAGAGCCAAGAGGACCCCGUCAAAAAAGACUCCAGCGAAAAAGAGUCCCACGAAAAAGACUCCUGUGAAAAAAACUCCUGCAAAAAAGACUCCUGUGAAAAAAACUCCUGUGAAAAAAACUCCUGCGAAAAAGACUCCCGCAAAAAAGACUCCCGCCAGAAAAACUCCCAACGCUGAUGGACUGACUGGAGAGGGUGGAGCUGUACACGCUGGGCAGCAGGAAAAUGGGACGCCAAAGCCAAAGACGAAGCAUGUAAAAAAGCAGCCUGCACAGAAAACACUGGUGACAGAAGCUGAGGAGGAACAGGGAGAAGAUGCAGUUCAACCCGAGGAGGCGGUCGGUCCGGGCGGCCGCCGCAGGAGAGGUGCAGCUACAGCAGCCUUGAAGUACCUUCAGAUUUUGGCAAAAGAGGUGUUUGGUAAUUCCAAUGAUGAUUCCGAGCCUGGUGCCAACAGUAAAGUCGCCACUGACGCAAAGGGGAAAAAUCCCAAAGGAAGCAAAGUGCGUCAAGGUAAAAAAAGGAAACGGUGUGUUUCUGACAGCAAUGUUGAAGACGAUGAGGACUUUGUGCCUGGUGCUGAAGAAGACGAGGUUGAGGAGAUGGAAGAGGAGGAGGAGGAAGAAGUAGAGGAGUCAGAUUUGGAGUUAGACUUCAGGAACGUUGGAAGACGUCGAGCAGUUUUUCACAUCAACAGGAAUACUUACUCCAAUGCCACUACCUCUAACGGACUCUCCAUGAAAAUCAUGGGAGCUGUUUGGAGCAACUUUGAAACAACUAAGAAAUUCCGUGAGGAGCACUACAGCAGCUGGGUGUUCCCAGAGUGGGUCCCCUCCACCAACGACUGGCACCUUGUGACUCAGAGUGAUGUGGAGAAAUACCUGCCUCAGGAGCCUCGUUCAGCUGCUUUCCAAGUGUCCAGAGAAGGCCUGGGUAAGGAGGAGACACCUUUACAAAGUCUCAACAGGUUUGAGGCAGUGCCUGCUCACAGAAAAUGCUGGGACAUGCUGCUGUAUGCAGGGGGACCCGUCUGGGCCAUGGAGUGGUGUCCGACACCUGAUGGAGCUCCGGCCACACAGUACAUAGCUCUGGCCUGCCAUCGAGGCAUGGACGACCGGCACUACGUCAACAAGACGUACACGGAACCUGGACUCAUUCAGCUGUGGGACGUGGGCAAGAUGGAGUACAACAGCAGCCCGGACUCUCAGCCGACCUUGGCCUACGGCUUAGCUCAGGACAAAGGCUUCAUCUGGAAUCUGAAGUGGUGUCCUGCUGGAGGCUGGGAGCUCCCCAGCUGUGGCAGAAAGGCCCCCUUCCUGCCCAGGCUGGGUCUUCUAGCUGCUGCCUCCUCCACCGGCGUGGUCACCAUUUACAGCCUUCCCCACCCUGCCGCUCUGCAUUCCAACAAGAAGCUCCCUGACUCUGGAAAUGUGAAGCAACAGCUGCCGAUAUACCAGACAGAUGGCGUAUUAACGCUGAAACUCGGCUCCCUCAAAGCCCCUCGCCAUGAGAACAGUGGACAGGUCCUGUCUAUGGACUGGCUGCCGGAAAAACCACACAAUGUAAUAGCUAUUGGAUUCUAUGACGGUAUCGUGGGUCUUUGGGAUCUGUCCACUAAGUCUACGUUGCUGCAGAUGCGAGAGUCGGACGGGUCCCUGAGUCUGCUGCCCUAUCGAUGCUUGCUUGCUCACGAUCACGCUGUCCGGGCGCUGGCCUUCUGUCCCGCCUCCAGGUAA